CUAAUCCCUAAAUAAUUAUACUUGAUAAGCUGUGUAUGGACGCUACUGCUGGUCUUGAUGCCCUGUUCAAUAAAGGAAUUGCACAUCCCGACCUUGCAACUAGGACAUGCAUUCUUACUAGAGAUUUGACCUUGAAAUUGUGUGACUAUGGUCUAGGAAGAUCUUUAUAUCCACAAGACUACUGGCCGAUAUAUACAGACAGUGUGCCUGUACGAUGGUGUUCGUCUUCGCAAAUACAGAAACAGGAAAACAGAAUGGUUCCUGUGUACACCAAACCAACCAGUAGCGAUAAUAUCUGGGCUUUAGGAGUCCUUAUCUGGGAAAUAUUAUGUUGGGGAGAAGAACCAUACAAACACCUCACCAACAAGGACGUUGUUUCCCGUCUUGAGAAUGAUGUUGAUAUGAGGCCUUAUUUUAAGUUACGAAUGAUAGAUGAGAAUAAUAUGAGAGCACGCUGUAUACUCACACUUGUACACAAUAGCCUUAAUCCGUUAACCAGAAGUUCUCCCAAAUCCAUUCUUUCAAACUUGGAUAAUAUUGGGAAGGCAGGAGAUCUUCAACUUCUGCAGGUUUACAAUGAACUCCUAGAUGAAAGCAGAAUAAUCUUGUACGAUGAUUAAAAAUCACAAAGAGCUUCAAUGACAAAUUAUAUUUAUUUAAAUAAUAAUUUUUUAUUGAAUAUAUUUUUUUUAGUUA